GAUACAGUAAAUUAGAAUAAAAUAUUCAACAAUAUGUUUCUUUCCAGUACAACUUUUCUGUUCAAGUGGCAUGAACAAAGAACUCAAAAACACUGUUUUUUUUCAAGGUCUUCAAAAAAAAAAAACACCUUCCUCCAAACACAAACAAGAUCCAAACUCCAAACCUUAAUCUUUGCCUCUUGUUCACUUUCUUCCUCUCUCAAACAUUCACUUCUCUUGUUUCCACUCCCUUUGUCCUUUUCUUGUCUAAUUCAAAAAACAACAAUGGUAGUACAAGACAUGUUUUACUUCAACAAGGACAUUCUUGUUAUAAAGGCUCAGAAGAAAUCACCAUUGUUGUUAAGGAUGUCUUUGUUGAUGUUUUCAAUGGUGUGUGGUGUUUUUGUAUUCUAUGUUUGUUUGAAACAAACUAGCAUUCAUGCUAGAACUAUACUUCUUGAGUUGCAACAAAAUGAGAAGCCUAAUAGGAAUGUGUUCAACCUAUUAGACUUUUCUUAUCUACAUUAUCCUAAUCCUGUGUCUUUUAACAGGAGUGAGUGUGCUCAAAAUCCGAUUCGAUUGUUUGCUAUAUUGACGAAUCAAAGAUCGGGAAGCGGUUGGUUUGAGACCCUUUUGAAUAGUCAUAUGAAUGUAAGUUCGAACGGGGAGAUAUUUUCGGUACCUGAAAGACGGGUAAAUGUAUCUACAAUAGUUAAGACUUUAGAUAAAAUUUACAAUCUGGAUUGGCUUAAUAGUGCUUCCAAGAAUGAGUGUUCUGCUGCAAUUGGCUUGAAGUGGAUGCUUAAUCAGGGAUUAUUGGAGCACCCUAAGGAAAUAGCCGAUUACUUCAACUGCAGAGGCGUUUCUGUCAUUUUUCUUUUCCGGAGAAACUUGUUACGCCGAGUGGUAUCGACGCUUGCCAAUUCCUAUGACCGUUAUGCUAAGCUAUUGAACGGCACUCAUAAGUCUCAUGUUCAUUCUAAAGAAGAGGCCGAUACGCUUUCAAAGUACAAGCCUACCAUAAAUUCGACGUCGUUGCUAGCUGAUCUGAAUGAUAUGGAGAGAAAAGCUGCAAAGGCAUUAGAAUACUUCAACACCAAACGGCAUAUGAUUUUGUACUAUGAGGAUCUUAUCAGAAAUCGAACUAAGCUAAAAGAGGUGCAAGAGUUUCUUGGAUUGCCGGUAAUGGAAUUAACGAGUCGUCAAGUAAAGAUACAUAAAGGGUCAUUAUCCGAACACAUUAAAAACUGGGAUGAAGUUGCCAACAAGCUCAAAGGAACUUCUUAUGAGAGUUUUCUACAAGCAGACUAUUCGUCAUAACAUAUAACCUCGUCUAAUUCUUCACGAAAGGUGUAAAUAUCGACAACGCCGGUUUUGUCCUACAGAAAGAGUUUAAACUCUCGGUGACUGCAGGAACUUUUCUUCUUGUGCUAAUGCUCUUUCCUUCCACUACCAAUCAACAUUCAAAUGACAUGAAUGACUUUGGUUGGUUUGUAGUUUGUACUAAGUCUUUAGGUUUUGGUAUUUUUUGCAUUCUUGAAUGACCUUUGUAUAUGUCAGCUAAGUUAUUAAUUAGUAAAGAUGAGCAAUGGUUUGUUUGUUUUCUUUCUUUCUCUUUUCUCUAAGAAGGCUAAUUAUGUAUUUUUAUAGCACUGACACUUCAGAUUGAUGGCGUGUUCAAUGUCUGAUAUAUCAGUGUUUGUCACUAAUACAGACACAUGUAAUUCAAUUGACACUUCAGAUUGAUGGCGUGUUCAGUGUUCAAUAGACACAUGUAAUUCAAUUAUCCAAUUUUUUAUGAUGUUUUGAAAGAUGAAAUGGUACUUUUAGAUUUGAAAAGUGAUGAAAUUAUGUGUAUGAUAUGAUUCCUGUGAUUAGCACCAUCAACGCCAG